AUGAAGUUGUGUUAUAAAGCACUCCUGGAUGUUUAUGAAGAAAUUGAGGAUGAGAUGUCCAAGGAAGGAAGAUCAUACCUUGUUUACUUUGCAACAGAUGCGAUGAAAAAACUUGUUCAAGCCUAUUUUGUUGAAGCCAAGUGGUUUAACGAAGGAUAUAUACCCACAAUGGAUGAGUAUAUGAGUAAUGCUUUAAAAUCUAGUGGCUACCCUACAGUUAUAACCAUAUCUUUUGUUGGCAUGGGAGAUAUAGUAACACGAGAGGUCUUCGAAUGGGUCUCCCAGGAGCCUAAGAUUGUUAAAGCAGCAUCAACCAUAAGCAGACUAAUGGAUGACAUUGUCUCCCAAGAGUUUGAGCAAAAGAGAGAGCAUUUUGUCUCAAGCAUUGAUUGCUACAUGAAGCAACAUGGUGUCUCAAAAGAAGAGGUACAUAACGAAUUUCAAAAGCAAAUCGAGAAUGCAUGGAAGGAUAUAAACCAAGGGUGCCUUAGACCUACCCAAGUGCCAAUGCCUCUCCUCACACGAGUUCUCAAUUUCUCACAAGUAAUGGAUCUGCUUUACAAGGAUGGAGAUGCAUACACAUAUUGGAGAAGUGCUGAUACAGGGUGUUACUUCAUUGCUUGUUGA